GCUCACACACUUCAUUAUUACUUCAGCUAAAUGGAGUACUUACCGUGGAAUUUCCUUGUUUAUGUUGGCAUACCAUCUCUGCUCUUCUUGCUAAUUUGGUGGAGAUCAAACUCAAGUGCCAACCAAGGGCUUCCACCCGGCCCGCCGGGAUGGCCACUUAUCGGAAACAUGCUCGACCUUGGAACUAUGCCACACAGAACCCUCACCGGGCUACGAAAUAAGUUCGGUUCUGUGGUAUGGCUAAGGAUCGGUGUCCGGAAUACCUUGGUAAUCCAAUCAACCAAAGCGGCCACCGAGUUUUUCAAAAAUCACGACCUGACGUUUGUUGAACGGACUAUCAUUGAAGGCUCUCGUGCUCACGACUACCAUAAGGGAUCACUCGCGCUGGCCCCUUAUGGGACACAGUGGCGAGUGCUGAGGCGUCUAGUGACCAUGGACAUGUUAACCAACAAGCGUAUCAAUGAGACGGCGUCCAUACGCAGAAAGUGCGUCGAUAAUAUGCAGAAAUGGAUAGAAGAAGAAGCCUCUAAACUCCAGGAAAAUGGAUCAUCAUCAAAGGGAGUGCAGGUCAGUCGAUUCGUGUUCCUCAUGACAUUUAAUCUUCUUGGGAAUCUAAUGUUGUCGAGGGACUUGGUGGAUCCGAAUUCGAAAGAAGGGCUGGAGUUCUUUGAGGCGAUGAGGGGAUUGAUGGAGGCGAAUGGUGUUGGAAACAUGUCGGACUACUUUCCAUGGCUGAAGUGGCUUGAUUUACAGGGUGUGAAGAGAAGGAUGAACAAGCACGUUGGAAAGGCUCUGGAAAUUGCCUCCGGUUAUGUGAAGGCGCGCUUGAAAGAGAGGAAGUUGAUCGGUGGAGAGAAAACUAGGGACUUUCUGGAUGUGUUGCUUGAUUAUGAAAGCGACGAAAUGGAUGAAUCAGCCAAGAUUUCUGAUCAUCAUCUCAAUAUUUUCAUUCUGGAAAUAUUCCUGGCUGGUUCAGAGACAACAAGCAGCACAACCGAAUGGGCACUGACAGAGCUUUUAUGCAACCCAGAGACAUUGAACAAGGCCAAAUCUGAGCUCAGUCGAGUGAUAGGUCCAAACAGAAAGAUGGAAGAAAGUGACAUUGACAAUCUUCCAUACUUGCAAAACAUAAUCAAAGAAACCCUAAGAUUGCAUCCACCAAUCCCAUUCCUCGUACCAAGGAGAGCAGUACAAGACACCAAAUUCAUGGGGUACUUUAUACCCAAGGACACACAGGCAUUUGUGAAUGCUUAUGCAAUUGGAAGAGAUCCAAAUGUGUGGACUGACGAACCCGAUUCAUUUAAGCCUGAGAGGUUCAUAGGAUCGAAAGUUGAAUAUAAAGGUCAGCAUUAUGAGUUGAUUCCUUUUGGAGCUGGGAGAAGAAUGUGCGCAGGUGUGCCAUUGGGUCAAAGAAUGCUGCACCUUACCUUGGGGUCAUUGCUUCACCAAUUCGAUUGGGCACUUGGGGGGAAUGUUACUAAAGAGUCUAUGAAUUGGAAUGACAAUCUAGGAAUUACAAUGAGGAAGUCUGAGCCACUACUGGCAUGGCCUACAAAGUGCUUUGCUUAGUUCACUGAUUCAAUAUUUGUAAUAUGUUGCAAAUAAACUCAGUUUUCUACUUUCAGUAUAAUGUUAAGUAGUUUCCAUCAUUCCUA